CAAUGGAAACAUAACAACACACACCUCACACACUUUACAUACAUUGCCAUUGUUCAAACAUCAAAACACACACACAGAUGUCGAUGUCGGACAGCGAUUGACGCUCCAAAUCUCCGCAGCAUUAUUCACCGCUUUAUUAUACCCAAGCCCGUUUGCAAUCUCUUUCCGCCCUUAUCUUCUACCAUAAGUCCAUAACCAUUGCUGUUGGUCCCUUCCACAAGAAUCACGCACAGACCAACCUUUAAUCAUUUAUCUUGAUUCUUUCUACUUUUUCCUGGAGUAACUGAAGUGGGUCUGCAUUUUCUUGGGAAAAGAGACGAAGGAAAAUGAGUGGGGGUGGGGAAGGAGAAGGGACGACGUUGGAGUUCACGCCGACGUGGGUGGUCGCCGCCGUUUGCACCGUCAUCGUCGCCAUCUCUCUCGCGGCCGAACGUCUCCUUCACUAUGCCGGAAAGUAUUUGAAGAAGAAGAACCAAAAGCCACUCUAUGAAGCUUUACAGAAAGUUAAAGAAGAGUUGAUGCUGUUGGGGUUCAUUUCCCUUUUGCUGACUGUAUUUCAAGGCCGUAUCGUCAAGCUUUGCGUGCCUCCUGAUAUUAUGAAACACUUGCUUCCAUGCUCGUUAUCUUCUGAAUCUGCUUCCGGUGGGGAAGAAUCCAAUGCUUCUCCUGAAGUGAGUGGGCAUCACCGGCGCUUGCUCGCUGAAGAAGCCGCUGCUGCAGGUUACUGUGCUGCAAAGGAUAAGGUUCCACUGUUAUCACUUGAAGCAUUGCAUCAUCUACAUAUCUUUAUCUUUGUGCUAGCAAUUGUCCAUGUGACAUUUUCUGUUCUCACUAUCAUAUUUGGAGGGGCAAAGAUACGGCAAUGGAAGUAUUGGGAAGACUCCAUAGCGAAAGACGAUUAUGAUACUGAACACGCUCUGCCCAAGGUCACCCAUGUUCAUCAACAUGAUUUCAUCAAGAAGCGGUUUUUGGGCUUGGGUAGACAUUCUGCAAUACUGAGUUGGUUGCACUCCUUUUUGAAGCAAUUCUAUGGAUCAGUCACCAAGUCAGAUUACGCAACUCUGCGACUAGGUUUUAUCAUGACACAUUGCCGAGGAAACCCAAAGUUUAAUUUCCACAAAUACAUGAUACGAGCUCUGGAAGAUGACUUCAAGAGAGUUGUUGGCAUAAGUUGGUACUUGUGGGUUUUCGUCAUCAUCUUCUUGUUGUUGAACAUUAAUGGUUGGCAUACUUACUUUUGGAUUGCGUUUAUUCCUUUCAUUCUUCUGCUUGCCGUUGGAACCAAGCUGGAGCAUGUGAUCAGCCAGUUGGCCCAUGAAGUUGCCGAGAAACACAUAGCCAUUGAGGGUGAACUGGUUGUUAAGCCUUCUGACAAUCACUUUUGGUUCCACCGACCUCAAAUUGUCCUCUUCUUGAUUCACUUCAUUCUCUUCCAAAAUGCUUUUGAGAUUGCAUUUUUCUUCUGGAUAUUGGUUCAAUAUGGCUUCGACUCCUGCAUAAUGGGACAAGUCCGCUACAUUGUUCCAAGGCUCAUCAUAGGUGUAUUUAUUCAGGUGCUCUGCAGCUACAGCACGUUACCGCUCUACGCUCUUGUUACACAGAUGGGAACCUAUUUCAAGAAAUCGAUAUUCGAUGAACAUGUGCAAGUCGGCCUUGUCGGUUGGGCACAGAAGGCCAAGAAGAGGAAAGGGUUGAAGGCCACGCUCGGUGGCUCUACCCAAGGUGGGUCAACCAAUGGUCCUUCCAUAGGAAUUCAGAUGGCUGCCAUUGGCCGUAAGGAAGAACCUCCACAGUCCGACACUCAACCUGCCAACGGCUCCUAAGACCUCAAGAAAGUGGAAACUUCAGAAACUGACAACACCCUCCAUAGUUUUCGGGUUGUAAGAAAAAUCUUUAUAGGAAGUAGCUAAGUUAGUCGAGUGCCUUAUUUCAGACUCCAAAUGAAUAUAGCAUGUGGUAAUAUGACAGGAGCAGGGAUUCAAUGUUGAAGGUUAAAUGUCUUUGGAUGCAUCAAUUUUGGCUUGUAAUUUUAAGACUAUGUUACCUUAUAAGCUUAUGAGAGGUGGUGAAUUUAGUGUAGUU